AUAUUUUCUAUUUCGUUGGAUUUUAGGGUAUACUACUUUUUAGGUGGUUUCAGGUGUGCGUAAUUUUUGUUGCCUUCAGUUCCACAGACACAUACGGACUCCGCACUUCAUACUUUCAGAGCCCACCAUUUCCCGCUGCAGUAGAAUCCGUUGCAGUUGUUGACAAGCCGCGAAGAAAGAAGGGCAUUCGAUCUUGCUGAUUGAUUUUCUGUUUUUAUCUAUCUGUCUUUGAGAACAUCUAGUUUGAAGUUUUUGUAAGACUAGCGACAUCCGCAGAAUGGCCAACAUUUCACCAAUUCCAACUGAAUCUUACAAUCUUGGUUUCAUUGGGGCUGGAAAAAUGGCUGAGAGCAUUGCCAGAGGCGUGGUCAAAUCAGGGGUGUUGCCGGCUUCUCGUAUUCGGACCGCACAUCGUGGCACGGCUAGGCGUACUGCCUUUGAAUCAUUUGGUGUCAAAGUUCUGGAUGAAAACAGUCAGGUAGUUCAAGAUAGUGAUGUGGUUGUAUUCUCCGUGAAACCUCAAGUUGUUAAAGAUGUGGUGCUGCAGCUGAGGCCACUCCUUUCAGAGAAGAAGCUCUUGGUGUCUGUUGCUGCUGGAGUUAAGCUAAAAGAUUUGCAGGAGUGGGCUGGUCACAGCCGGUUUAUUAGAGUAAUGCCCAACACCCCAGCUGCUGUUGGUGUGGCUGCAUCAGUUAUUGGCCUUGGAGCAGCUGCAACUAAGGAUGAUGGGGAAUUAAUUUCUAAAUUAUUUGGUGCAAUUGGCAAAGUAUGGACAGCUGAUGAGAAACUGUUUGAUGCUAUCACUGGCCUGAGUGGUAGUGGACCAGCGUACAUAUACUUGGCGAUAGAAGCUUUAGCUGAUGGAGGUGUGGCUGCUGGUCUCCCUCGGGAACUUGCACUUGGUCUUGCUUCUCAAACUGUAUUAGGAGCAGCAUCAAUGGCAACAAAUGGGGGAAAGCAUCCUGGCCAGCUGAAAGACGAUGUUGCUUCGCCCGGUGGGACAACUAUAGCCGGGAUUCAUGAGUUGGAAAAGGCUGGUUUUCGUGGAAUUCUGAUGAAUGCAGUUGUCGCUGCUGCAAAGCGCAGUCGAGAACUCUCUCAGAGUUAAGUUGAUUACAAACUCUCAUGGAUCAGUUGGUAGAUAAGCAACAGUACGCAAAGCUCCAGACCCCUAGUCUUGUUUUCUUUCGAGCUUUCUCAUUCUCAUCAACUUCCAUGGAACACAGCACGAUUCAUUCUCGCCCUUCUCUGUUUCUCUUCACCAGCUAGGGCUUCAGAUGUGUCUAAAAUAAUGGCUUAAUCUGCAUCAUUUACAUUAUGAACUUGUUCUUAUUCUCUUUUCAAUUUUAGGAGGAAGAAGAGUAUCCUAUUGAAACUAUGCUUUUGAAUGUUAAAACUGCAGUUGGCUUGUAAAUGCUGGAAUCAAUCAACUGUGGACAAUUCCACAAGAGUAUAUAAACACACAACUAUA